AUGGACAACAGCAAGGAAGGAGGAUCUGUUCAUAGGCCACCAAUCUUGGAUGGCUGGAAGCAUCCUGUGAAGAGUGACAAAGAAGGAACCUCAACCACUGAACUGAAGCCUGAGGAAGAAUGGACCAAGGAAGAAGAUGAGGAAGCUCUAGGUAACUCAAAAGCACUGAAUGCAAUAUUCAAUGGAGUGGACAAGAACAUGUUUAGAUUGAUCAACACUUGUACUGUGGCAAAGGAUGCUUGGGAAAUUCUCAGGAUAACUCAUGAAGGUACCACAAGGGUGAGAGUGUCAAGACUGCAACUUCUUACUACUCAAUUUGAGAACCUGAAAAUGAAGGAGGAGGAAACUGUUUCUGAAUUUCACAUGAAGGUGCGAGACAUGGCAAAUGCAUCAUUUGCUCUGGGGGAACCAAUGUCUGAAGAAAAACUUGUCAGAAAGAUCCUCAGGUCCCUACCUAAGUGA